CUUCGGUAACCGUUGCUUUGCGCGUGAAAACUGUAAAGAGCUUAGCAAGAAGAGAUAAAGCUGGAGAGAACAUUGCUUCCCGCGUUUUCCAUGACCCAAUUUCUUAUAAUGCCAUGCGUGCAAGCUAUGCUACAAUCUUUCAGAGCUAUAAUCCACCACAAUAUACACCGCUAGCUUAGCCACCCCUCUUCCUUAUUUCUUGGUCCUUGAUGGUUUUAAUUCUCUUUAAGCUUCUUCAUUCUUCAAUCACCUCUACUUCUCUUUAAGCUAAUUUAGUUUUCUUCUCUUUUGCUUUUUGUUAUUAGUUUGCUUGCUUAAAAAGAAAAACCCAUUACCUUUUUGUCAAAUUAAUAACUGGCCCCUCUUGAUUCAAAGAUAUUCUACUUUGAUUUGUCGACAAAGGGUUCAAAGGCUUAAAUUAACUUGUAGUUCUUUCUUAUCUGGUUUUUGUUUUACUUGGUCAGUUUCAGAGCCUUGAGAAUCUAGCUCUCUUUAAGAAGUUUGUAGUGGUCUAUUAUACUUUUUAGUCGACUUUGAUUAUCUAUGGUUGUAUAAAGCUUGCAACUCUUUGUUGGUAAUUUGGUGGCAAGUCUUUGUUUCUCUAUAUAUAAUAACUUUGCUGGGGUGGGAUCUUCUCUUUGCAGAGAGAUUUGAAUUGAGGCUAUGGGAGGUCAUGUGAGCAAGAGGCCAGCUGAAGCAUCAUCUUCUUCUAUCAAUCUCAACAACAAUUUACAAUACACGACUGGAUUGAGCUCUUACGAGGCUGCUUGCCUGCUUGACAAGGACUUGCAGUCCUUUGACACCACCCUCCAAGCUCGGACCAAUCAUGUCAUCAAUACUCUUGCUGUCGGUGUUGAGGUCCGUGCACUUUCUUUUGAUUCCUUGAAGGAAGUCACAGAAUGCUUGUUGGAGAUGAACCAAGAGGUUGUUAAGGUUAUCUUGGAGUGCAAGAGAGACAUAUGGAAGAAUCAAGAAUUGUUUGAGCUUGUUGAGGAGUAUUUUGAGAAUAGCUUGCAAACUCUAGAUUUCUGCGCUGCAUUGGAGAAGGGCCUAAAGCGUGCCCGCGAUAGUCAAUUGCUGAUUCUUGUCGCGCUUCAACAAUUCGAAGAGGAAAGUGAGGCAGGAGGGAGUAAGUAUGUGAAGACCUUGGAGGAACUGAAGAGUUUCAAGGCAGCAGGUGAUCCUUUCACGGAGGAAUUCUUUCAAAUCUUUCAAUCUGUGUACAGGCAGCAGAUAACGAUGCUUGAGAAGCUACAACUUAGGAAGAAUAAGCUUGACAAGAAGCUCAAGUGCAUUCAUGCUUGGAGGAAGGUUUCAAGUAUAAUAUUUGUAGCUACUUUUGCUACUGUAUUGAUUUGCUCAGUUGUUGCUGCAGCCAUGGCUGCCCCUCCUGUUGCUGCUGCUCUUGCUGCAGCAUCAUCAAUCCCAUUAGGCUCAAUGGGGAAGUGGAUUGAUUCUAUGUGGAAGAAUUAUGAAAAUGCAUUGAAGGGACAGAAGGAGGUGAUUAGCACAAUGCAAGUUGGUACUUAUGUGGCCAUAAAGGACCUUGACACCAUUCGGGUUCUAAUUAAUCGCCUGGAGAUUGAGAUUGAAGCGCUAAUGCAAACAACUGACUUUGCACUUGAGCAUGAUGCUGUGAAGCUUGCAAUAGAGGAGAUCAAGAAGAAGCUGGGGGUGUUCAUGAAGAAUGUCGAGGAUUUGGGAGUACAGGCUGAUACAUGCAGCCGUGAUAUCAGGAGGGCUCGGACUGUGGUUCUGCAACGGAUCAUUAAAAAUCCCCAAAACUAGAAGGAUAAUGAUUCUUGAUACUUUCAACUGGAUAGUUGUUGAUAUUCUGAGAUAUAUCUGAUUCUUAAUUGUGUUCUGUGAUAAUUAUAAAAUACCCAUUUUCUAGUUUGUAUGAUUGAUUAUUGCGAUUUCAUUAAUGUUCUCAAGUAAUAACUUGACUGCCAUUGAUGUUUAGGCAGCAACAUUUUAUUAGUUUCCGUUCUGGCAAAUAUUAGUUCAUGUUCAUUAAUUAUUUUCA